AUCUCAGCUGAAAGGCAGAACUGAAACGACAGCGCUCUGUACGACUCAUAAUCGAAGCCAUUUAGGAAGUAUGCAGAAAACGCUCCCUCUGCUACUCAUCUGAAUUGGAAAAGCUGGGACCAUGUUUGUUGUGUGAAAACGAAUCAGUGUGACUCGUAUCGGAAGGACGGACAGAGCCAAAAAAAGCCUGUUUCAGGUGUCAGCUGGUAAAGCGUGUGUGUGCCUGAGAGUGUGUGUGUGAGUGUGUGUAUGCGUGCAGGCACUUGUGUUUUCCCAGCCCAGUAAGGAUUUGGAGCGGAGCGUGGCCUGAACACAUCACAGAGGGACAAUGAGCGAGCUGGAACAGUUGCGGCAGGAAGCCGAGCAACUACGCAAUCAGAUCCGGGAUGCCAGGAAAGCCUGCAGUGACUCCACUCUGUCACAGAUCACAGCUGGUCUGGACUCAGUGGGCCGGAUACAGAUGCGGACGCGGCGCACUCUCAGGGGCCACCUGGCCAAGAUCUAUGCAAUGCACUGGGGGAGCGACUCCAGGUUACUUGUCAGUGCCUCGCAAGAUGGAAAGCUUAUCAUCUGGGACAGCUACACAACAAAUAAGAUGCAUGCCAUCCCGCUGCGUUCCUCCUGGGUGAUGACGUGCGCCUACGCCCCCUCUGGGAACUAUGUGGCCUGUGGAGGCCUGGACAACAUCUGCUCCAUAUACAGCCUGAAGACCCGGGAGGGCAACGUGCGUGUCACCAGAGAGCUCCCAGGACACACAGGUUACCUGUCUUGCUGUCGUUUCUUGGACGACAAUCAGAUACUGACCAGCUCCGGAGACACCACCUGUGCAUUGUGGGACAUAGAGACCGGUCAGCAGGCCACCUCCUUCAGUGGCCACACAGGGGAUGUGAUGAGCUUGUCUCUGAGCCCGGACUUCAAGACCUUUGUGUCCGGAGCCUGUGACGCCACCUCCAAGCUGUGGGACAUCCGGGACGGCAUGUGCAGGCAGUCCUUCACCGGCCAUGUGUCCGACAUCAACGCCGUCACCUUUUUCCCCAAUGGCAACGCCUUUGGCACUGGCUCAGAUGACGCCACCUGCAGGCUGUUUGACCUGCGUGCCGACCAGGAGCUGAUGAUGUACAGCCAUGACAACAUCAUCUGCGGCAUCACCUCCGUUUCUUUCUCCAAAAGCGGCCGGCUGCUCCUGGCCGGCUACGAUGACUUCAACUGCAACGUCUGGGACACUCUGAAAGGAGAGCGUGCAGGUGUGCUAGCGGGCCACGACAACAGAGUGAGCUGCUUAGGGGUGACAGAAGACGGCAUGGCUGUGGCCACUGGAUCCUGGGACAGUUUCCUUCGCAUCUGGAACUAAACAAACAUCUUCCCUGUUGUACUCAAUCACUGCCCGCCUACUUCCUCCUGCACCCCCACGCCACAUGUCCCAACUCAUCUGCUGGGCUGGACCGGAGGGGUGCACACUGUGUCUGCCCAAAUCCUCUCAACUCACCCCCAGCUCUCCUUUCUGCAGGCGACCCGCCCUCCUGCGAGAAAGUACAACUCUUUCUAACUUUCCAAGUGACAUUUUUUUCUUUUUUUUUACCCAAUUUUUACACAGAAACAAAUAUAGGAACCUUUCGAUAGAGUUGGCCAAGCAAAUGUUUAAAAAGAAGAGAUUAGUUGUGGAAAAACUGAAGGAAAAAAAUAUAAGAUUUUGCCCAAUUCUCUUGUGCGGGGGGGGCGGGCGAUAAAAAGCAUCUGUUACCAUGACUAACAAACAAGAUGAGCGUCGGCAUGUAAUAUGUAAAUGUAUAUAUAAAGACAGUAUAUAUGUAUAGCAUUAUGUGUGUAUAUAUGCAUCAUAUAUGCAUAUAUAAUGUGUAUGUAUAUAUUUUUGUAGUUUAUUUCCCACCCUUGAGGUUUUUUUGUUAUGUUUUUGGGGGUUUUAUGUUUUAUUUAUAGUGUACAUAUUCACAUUACUACAAAACAUAAUGCCAGAAACACUGAUUUUAUCCAAUGUGAGUACCAGACUGAUCGUCAGACAAUUAAGAGGCAGCAGCGUAUCAUUGAAUCUAAAAAGUCUGCUCUCGUUCAUUUUCAAUGUUUCUGGUACUUGCUGAUUUUGUCAAGCCCACUCAUUAAUCAACAAACAAAGAUUUAACAAAUCUUAGAAUUCGGCCAAGCUAAACUUACGUUCCUCAUUCGAUGUUAUUAUGGUUACAGGCAGUAUACAUAAUAUAUGCAUCCUCUGCAUUUUUUUUUUUCAACCACACAACCCCUGGCAUUUCUCAACGCAGUCUUUUCAUAUGAAAGGAAACGCCACACUGCUGUGAUAAUGAUAAAAGGGAGCAUGUCAAAAUAAACAAGCGGUGUUUUUAAGUCUGCUAGUCGAGCUUUACCUCGAAAGUAGAAACCGUUGAAUUUUAGGCUAGGAUAGAAAACGUUAUUUACCUGGAGGCCCUGCCUUGGCCUCCACUUGUGUUUUAUUGUGGUUUUAACCACACGAAUAUCUGAAGACCACAUUCAUUCCAUGCAAAUCAACAGCUGUGUGAUAUGAUUGAUAACCCAAUAAUAGUCCUAAAUAUAGGUUUUGCAUCAUAUCUGCUCUCUCCUGUGGCCUAUAGAAUCUACUUUUCCUUAGUCGAGAUGUGCAUCUAAGUUCCUCAUACAAAAGACACUGUUGGAGAGAUGAGCAUCGCAUAGAGAGACGCGUUCUCCCGAAGCAGAAGCCAUUUCUACCUGUGAGCCUGUAAUGGUGCUGAGGCCUGUAUGGACAUAAAGUAGAGUCAAUACAUGAGGACAUUUAAAGGACAGCAGCGACUCUGCUGGGGACAAGAGGGAAGAUGAAGAGGAGAAAAGAAAGAUAUCGGUCAGAGUUUGCCAUGUCAUUUUAUCCUUUUUUAAAGCAAAGGAUCAACAAGUCCUUUUCGUCGUCAACAGGGUGUGAACUGAGUGAAUACAUGGAACUGAAAUCAUGUCAGCCACUCUGACAUCACACCAGUGCCACCACAAGCCUGUAAAAAAAAAAAAAAGAAAAGAAAAAAAAAGAUAUUUUUUAAAAUGGUUUAACACUUUUUUUUUUUUUCUCACCAAAAACAUGUUAUGAACUGUUAAAUAUUGCUUGUGAAGAGAGUACACUUGGUAGACAGAAAUGUACACUUGGUAGAGAGCUAGAUAUGCACUCACGAACUGUAGUACAAAUGUAAACCAUUGAGCACAUGUGACUUAUUUACCCAUAGAAGUACUAUCUCUGAUUUUGAGUCUUUUCUCAUCUUCCAUUAUUUUGGUUCCUCUAAAUGCUUAAUUAAAAAACAAAACAAUGUAUGUGAUUUGGACCUAUCCAUCAGCUGUCUCAGGUGCCUAUCUCUGAAUUUAAACAUGUGACCCAAAUGGGCUAGAUAAAGGAGGAUUUGUGCUCCCGUGAGAUGUGGCACUAUUGUGUCUCCAUUCUGCCUUACAAUACCAUUCCUAAUAGAAGGUCAUACUAGCAUCGACUACAGUAAUGUUCUCCUCUUAUUAUUCCUUUUUACAGAUUUAUCAAUAAGAGAGAUUGCUUAUUAUUUUUUGUUUCCCAAUAGAAGCACAUUCUGAUACUAGUGAACACUAAAAAGCAUGCUUACAGAAAACCACAGCGACCACAUGCAGCUCUAUACUGCUUCUUAAAGUGUUUCUACAUCACUCUUUAUACAAUUCUACUUUCUAAUACUACCGUACAGUUUGUAGUAUUUAUUUAGGUUCAGUCGGCUAUCAAUGAAACCCCUCUUUUGGCAUAGCGUGAUUCUAGUGACCUUUUUUGUUUUUAAAUGUUUUUGCUGCUUCUACCUGGCUUUGCAUUGAUGAAUCAAUUUUGAGAGAAUGUUAAAAAUAACCGUUAUAGUUUUUAGCCUGAGAAUAUCUUUGGGGUGUGUAGGAUGUGAUAUGUAUUGCAUAUCAGUGUUGAGGUGUGUGUGGGGGGGGAGGGGAGGGGAGGGAUUGGGGGACGAUUUGCUGAUGUAUGUGGAUAACAUAUAGAUCUAAGUGUUACUUCCUCAUUUGUGCCAAUGUUAUCCACAGACCCUGAGCUGUGAACUGAAAACUAAGUCAAUGUGACAAAAAAACAACAUUGCUCACUUUACUCAAGUGCCAGCCUUCUGCAUACCCACAAAUUAAAUUCAUGUCAGUAUCUGAUUUUAUACCCAGGAUGUUGUUUGAUCAAACCGGUGGACUGCUUAAAUCUAAAGAUGGGUUUUUGUAUCCCAAAGUGUUAUUAAAAGUGCUUAUUAGAGUGAAGUUUCUAUAUCAAUCAGCGGACAUGAAAAGUGUCCCCCAUAUAAAGAUGACAAAAUGUAUUUUAAGAGGAAUUGUUUUAAUAUUGUGGGAAAUGUUUGCUUUCUGGCAGUUAGAUGGGACGAUCACUCUCAUAUCUUUCCGUUAAAUAUAAGGCCACAACAAUAAGCAGUCUGUUAGCUUAGCACAAAGACUGGAAACAGCUAGCCUGGCUAAUGAAGCUCACUCAUUAACAUUCAAUAUCUUAAAACCAAAGUGUGAAAAGGAGAGUUGCCAGAACUAUUCUGAAUGGCGAAUGAUCAUUUUACAUAUUUAAUAAACGAGAUAUUCUUUUUGUUUUAGAUUCAGAGACAGGCAGGAAUUGUAACUGUUGGUCAGAGCCAGGCUAACUGUUUCUCAGUUUCCAAUCGCUAAGCUAAGCUAACCGGCAGCUAGCAGAAGCUUUUUUUAAAUGUCUCGUUAAUGGACAGACAUGAAGCGGUAUCUUUCCUAACUCCUCCGUAAGGAUCUAAGCAUCUUUUCCCAAAUCUCAAAAUAUUCCAAUAAACCCUGACAGCGAUAUUCAGCUGGAAAUCAUGUCCUCGCUCUGUGUGUAAUUCAGCAGUAUUAGCCGCUGGAACCUGGACUAGUAACACUUCUACGUGCCUGUGCAGUUCACUCAUUAAUCAAAAAGGUGCUUGACUUCUUUUAAUUUCACAUUAUUGUUGUAUUUACCUGAAGUCUCCUCCAGUUUAUAACUACACAACUGAUAAGGAGCCAUUGAAUCCGCCUGUUGGUGUAACAGUGUCGACAUUGGAUGCAUUCACGGUCAGGGGCGCCGUAAGGGGGUGAAAAGUUAGGACGAUUAGGGUUAGGUAAACCGGGCCCGUGACUGACAGGGGCCCAAACAAUUUUAGAACAUUUAAGAAAAAAAUGUUUAAGGAACCAAUGUGAUAUCUUUUCAUGGGGCCCAAAAUCCCUGGCGGCGCCCCUGUUAACGGUGUAGUCUGUAGAUCCAUCUGUGAAUUGAUUUAGGCGAUCGUUGUAAAGUUGCCAUUUGUCUCCUACAGUGCAACGGUCUGACUUCAAAGAGCAGGUGUGAAAAGGUCAAAGAUGCACAACUUCAGGCUGUAUUUGUGACAACUACAUUUGCAUAACUCUCCAGGUUUAACAUUUGGAUAUGACUAAUGUAAAGUCUCCUGAUCCAAUGAGACACCACCACUUUAAUUGCUUAUGUCACAUGAUCACCACCACAGCACCAUCACAAAAUAAUGCACUGCCCUUUCACUCUACAACCUACUGUUCUGACAUUUUCUUUGAUUUUAUUUAUUGUUUUAUGUUUUAAGCCAGUAAAGACCAGGGACUUGGUGCCAUGAUAAUUCUCUUACAGUGCUAUUGUGUGAAAUUAUAAUCACUUGUUAUGGAAUAAUUUUUAUAGUCUUUUUCACACCAGACCUUUUUUUUGUAUUUGUACAGUGGCUUGGUGAUACUGAUAUGUUGCCAUGAGUUAUUGUAACCAAUAAAAAGCUUCUAACCAAGAAUACA